AUGGAUUUUAAUGGUAAUUCAUUUGCCGGUUCUGCCUCUAGAUCGAAAAAGAGCCAUAGGCAAAAUCAGCAACAACAGCAGCCGCAACCACAACAUAACGAAGAAAUAAAGUAUGUAGGAGUGAGACGGAGGCCGUGGGGAAGAUACGCAGCUGAAAUAAGAAACCCUACUACAAAAGAAAGGUAUUGGCUAGGUACUUUUGAUACCGCCGAGGAGGCUGCUUUGGCCUAUGAUAGAGCGGCACGGUCCAUACGAGGGUUGACUGCUCGGACCAACUUUGUCUACUCCGACAUGCCUCGUGGCUCCUCAGUAACUUCCUUCAUUUCUCCUGACGAAUCCCAACGUUUCAUUUCCGAGUUAUUCAACCCUUCAAGCCAACUAGAAGCUAGUAACAACAUCAACAAUCUCUAUUCGUCGACCAACAAUGGGUGGCCACAGGAGUCUGAAUGUGGUGGUUAUACAUGUAUCAACACUAACGAUGAGCAUUGUGAUCAUGAGCUUCCACCUUUUCCUCCAAGUACUUGUUUUGGAGCUGAACUUAUGAUUCCGGAGACCGAUAGCUAUUGGAAUGUUGUGCAUGCUAGCAUGAAUGCAUUUUCCUUUGAGCCUGAUGGCUUUGUGGGUCAAAACAGUCUCGGUGAGAGUGGAACAAAAGGGUUUGACUCUUCAUCCUCCACAUUCUUCUACCAAUCAUAG